CACAGAUCAUUACUACCCAGUUUCAACAUCUUAAAGGAAUUUGAAGCGAUUAUAAAUCAAGUUACCAAACCAAGAAUGUUUCAAGCACCAGAUUAUACAGAAACUGUGUCAGUGAGACUGUCAGAGGUUCUGGCUGAUAUAGGAGUGGAUGAGAGAAUUGUGUUGAAGAGAAGAAGAACAUGUUUGCUGAAUGAAUUAAUGAAUAACAGUGUAUUUCAACUACAGGAUAGGAAGUAUACAACAUACUAUUUAGGCAGUCAGUCAGAAGGAACAACUACACUGGGCCUUGAAUCAGACACUGACUGUCUUAUUUGUAAAAAUAACUUUAACAUAGUACAAGACUGGAGUGGCUGGCAACCUGGUGUACACAAUCUACUAAUGAUUCAGGAUGAUACUGUAUCACCUGGUUACUGUUUGCUACAGCGUCUGAGAGAUGAUGCUCCUCUUCCACACAAUGAUGUACCUAAUGAACACUUUACUGGAAGAAUACUUGUAAGUAAUACAAUAAUGUCAGAAUCAUUGAGAGCAAAUUAUCUUAGGUCAGGAGGUGUACACAAUGGUCCAGCAUUUACACAACUUGGACAACCUGGGAUUGCUGAGGUAGACUAUGUUCCUGCUUUCCCCUGUAAAACAUGGCCUCUACAAGCUAGACAAUGGUUAAACCAGCAAGGUGUAGGUCAGUGGCCUUCAGAUGACAUAAAGAGAUACUGUAGCAACACUGGGUGUUUUGUUGUUGGAGUUGGAAGCAAGCAAAGUGAAAAUGAGGAGAUUGAAUGGAGAAUAUCAACAUCUUUAGCAGAAAGGUGUUUAAUGUUUAAUCUCAAUAUCACACAGAUCAGAUGUUAUGUGUUGAUGAAAAUGUUAUUAAAAACUUACAUCAAGUCACACUAUGAAGGUACCAUUUCAAGUUUCAUGUGCAAAACAGUUCUGUUUAAACUAAUUGCAAAUACACAGUCUAGUUUCUGGAGAGAAAAUAACUUACUUGUUUGUCUAUCAUUUUGUUUAUUUGUCCUGUACACCAGUACUCUGAUUGAAAACUGUCCACAUUUCAUCAUACCUGGGAACAAUUUGAUGGCAGGACAUAUUGCUUAUGAAUCUAAACCUCACAUUCUUGAAAUAUUGCAAAAUAUUAUAAACAGUGAAGGAACAGCAUUGUUAGGGAUUGAGUGUGAUGAUCUUGGUGAAAGCUGAAGUUUAAUAAUUUGUCCUUAUUCAAAACAAAUAGCAUUGUUUCUGGACACUUAUUGACAGAAACCAAACUGAUGAUAAAUGGUAACACAAAUUGUUGCCUACAUAAUAUUAGCAACAGCAGUUAUGAAGUAGCUAUACAAAUAUUACUGAAGUAUAUUUUCAAACUUGUUACUAUUUUUAAUCAAUCUCAAGGAUUGGACAGAACAGCUUGCAGCGUUCUAGCACCAUGGUUCUGUACAACACUGGGAUCUAUCCUGACUUCCCUCAACAUUCAACAGUACAAUGGUAUAUCAGCAGAAGCUCUGAGCUGGAUUACACUGGGUCUGAACACGGAUGUUUCAUCAAGUAAACUGAAGCUAGCAUCAAUAUUUUACUGUAGAGGGGAUUUUUACAGAACAGUAAUUGUGCUCACAGAUAUUGAAGGAAGGUAUGAUCAAACCAUUGUUGAGCCUGUUUGUGGCUGUCGUGAGUAUGUCCGUCAACAUAAUAGGGGAGGAUUCUGUGAAAUAUCAGACAAUCACAAUGAAGAAGUUCUACAGUAUGCUACAGCAUCCUGUGUCAGUUUUCUGCUGUGUGAAAUUAACUGCAUUCCAAAUGAACUACAGUAUGAAUUAUUCAGAUCUACAGAAGAGGACCUUGCUUUAAGAGAACCAAUUAACGACUGGAUGGACUUUGCAGUUGUCGAUUCUCUCUCUUACCUGUACUUUCUACAAUACAAGACCUACAGCUAUCUUGGAAGACAAGAUGACAAGGAAAGAGCACUUUCCAACCUUAUCAUGACCAUUGAACAGGAACCAAACCUUGGUCACAGGGAAACAGCCCUAAAUAUACUUGGACAGUGUAUGGAACGAGAGGACCGACCAACAGAUGCUCUACUUUGUUAUCUUCUAUCCCUAAAUCUAAGGGGAAGAAGCAAUUCUGCCAAGUUCCAUAUAUGUAGACUUCUAUCUACUGUGGUAAAUCACCAGGCAGGAACAAUAUUUUGAAAGGUAGUGUCACCUUAGUGCAAACACCAGAUAACAAAUGUUGUUUUCACAAACUGACUUUUUUCUCACUAAUGUGACAUGCGUAAUUAAAUAAGUCCAGGUUUAAAAUAUAAAAGUAAAACCUAAAAAGAAACUGACAAAGUAAAGAUUAAAUUGCACUUGAACAACAGAUUUUGAUUCUAACACUUUAUAGAUCUAGUUUGUGUGUGGUGGUGGUGGGAGGCUCUACUGUGUCAGGAUCAAAUUGUUCCACACUGGGUCAAUGUAAAGAGAGUAAAAUACACUGAUGAUCAAUUGUAAUGACUUGUUGAGAAAGACAGUAGAUCUGGCCACUUGGCUGAAUAUGCAAGUCAGCCGACCUAGAGUUGCUUCCCAUCAAACUAAAUAUGUCGGUGGACAGAGUCAAGGAGUACUGGUGUUUGAAUUUAUUUCUUCCUUUUAUGGAUCAUUUACUUACCCAGUUAGAAGACAGACUGUGUCAUGCCAGUACAAGGAUGAAGGCCCAGUAUAUCUGCUAUCACACAAUAACUGCGAUAUGGGCAGAAAUCAAGGAAGAGUAUGGGCCUUAAAUUAUUGAUACUAGACUAGAUCUCUGGAAAUUCAAAAUUGGGCAGGGUUUUGUACUUGAAAAGCCUAUUGAGGUUGUUGAUGCCAGCUACCAGUUGCUACCAAAUAUACAUAUUGGUUUGAAAAUCCUGCUGACAAUGCCGGUAUCGACAGCCUCGGCAGAGAGUUCAUUUAGCAGCUUUAGUCGGAGCAAUGCCUUACAGGCCUGACUUUGUUUCAUAUUUGUCGAAGUCAAAACAUCAAUAUUGACCGUGUUGUCAGUGAUUUCAAUGCAACAGGUAAUAGGCUCAUUGCCCUUGUAUUUCAGCAAGCUAUGGCUGGCAAUGAUACAGAUUGAACUUAGAACUCGUUUUAAAUACUAGUAAUUAAAAUAUACCAUACACAUGAAUUGGUAUAUUCUAAAUAAAGAAGUGAUUACGAUACAAACAUCUUUAUUUUUCGCCAAAAUAAAAAAGAAAUGAUUAAAAAAAAAAUUGAUCACAAAAUUCAUUUUGUUUCGGAGGAGCUAGGCCUUGUGAGAUUUAUAGGUAUGUAGAGACAGAUUUGUAAAAUUUUCUUUGAAAUUUUGAAAGAUUUAAAAAAAAAAAAGGAAAUAAUACAAGAGGGUCAUGAUGACCCUGGAUCGCUCACCCAAGUAGUAUGAGCUACAUGUUUCAAAUGUCAAACUGAUAAUUUUUUUGGAAGAUUUUCCGAUGUACAAUCAAGUAACCCCUGGAGCAGGGCCAAUUUUACCCCAGGGGUCAUGAUUUGAACAAGUUUGUAGAAGUCUACUAGGCAACGUUACAUAUAAAAUAUUUAAGAUCUAGGCUUUCUGGAUUAUUUUUAGCAAAUUUAUGAAGAUUUCCCUAUGUACAAUUAAGUAACCCCUGGGGCUGGGUCAAUUUGAUCCUGGGGGGUCAAGAUUUGAACAAAUUUUGUAGAGGUCCUUUAGGCAAUGCUACAUGUCAAAUAUCUAAGCUCUAGGCCUUCUGGUUUAUUUUAGAACAUUUUGAAGAUUUUUCUAUGUACAAUCAAGUAACCCAAAGGGGCAGGGUCAAUUUGACCCCGGGGGUCAUGAUUUGAACAAAUUUUGUAGAAGUCUGCUAGGCAAUGCUACAUAUCAAAUAGCUAAGAUCUAGGACUUCUGGUUUAUUUUAAGAAAAUUUUUGAAGAUUUUCCUAUAUAAAAUCAAGUGAACCCUGGGGUGGGGGUCAAUUUUGACCCUGGGGGUCAUGAUUUGAACAAAUUUUGUAGAGGUCCACUAGGCAAUGCUACAUGUCAAAUAUCUAAGCUCUAUGCCUUCUGGUUUAUUUUUUAAUUUAUUUUGAAGAUUUUCCGAUAGAAAUCUAUGUAAAAUCAAGUGACCACUGGGGCGGGGUCAAUUUUGACCCUGUGGUCAUGAUUUGAACAGUUUAGUAGCGAUCCACUAGGCAAUGCUAUAUGUCAAAUAACUUAGCUCUAGAGCUUCUGGUUUCUGAGAAGAAGAUUUUUUUAGAUUUUCCUAUGUAAAAUCAAGUGACCGCUGGGGCAGGGUCAAUUUUGACCCCUGGGUCAUGAUUUUAAAAAAUUUGGUAGAGGUCCACUAGGCAAUGAUUCACACCAAAUAUCUAAGCUCUAGGGUUUCUGGUUUUUGAGAAGAAGAUUUUUAAAGUUUUUCCUUUCGGUUGCCAUGGCAACCACAGUUCUGCAUGGAAUUCAAUUCUUUGAAAAAGUUUUGUAGAGCUUCACCCAAGAAACAUACCUGUAAAGUUUGGAUGAAAUUGGCCUAGCGGUUUAUGAGGAGAUGUUGUUUAAAGUAAAAGUUUACGGACGGACAACGGACGCCGGACGGUGAACGAGCAGAAUAGCUCACCCUGAGCCUUUGGCUCUGGUGAGCUAAAAAGUGAGGAACAACACGUCAAACACCGAGUCAAGUUUAACUAAUUUUAAUCUGCCAGUUUCGGUUAUUUACCAUAACCUUCAUCAGGAUUUAAGAAAAAGUACUGUUGAAAGAUUUGAAAAUUGUGUUGUUUAUUUACACAGAAUGGCUCAGAAUUGCGUUAAUUUGAUCACAAAAUUCAAAAAUUUCUCAGGGGAGUCCCCCGGAACCCCCACGAGCGGGAGGGGGACAUCCCCUCCCACACUUUACAUGCCUCGUUGUGCAUAAGUAUUUCAAAGCUCUGGCUACGCCUAUGAAAUUAGCAUGGUCACUUUUAAUUAUUUUUUGAUGACUUUGUAAAAACUGAAAAACAGGAUGUAAAUUCAUUGUAUCUGAGCAAUUUUAUAUUAAUUGUAUUUGUGCUGUCUUUUUAUGGUAUUUUCUUUAUUUAAAUAAUAUCACUUAGUAAGAAUUGUUUAACAAUAUUCUGCAAAUAAUUAAUGAAAUAGAACUUGAUGUUAUGUGUGUCUUUCUAAAGUCACAAUAUGUAUGUCAUCACUUAUAUUUAUGCACAUCUGUUUUUAUCACUAAGAUUAA